UCGGAUGGGACGGACAGAGUUGCAGCCGGGACACCCUUAACUUUCCCGAAACAUUCCAUUAGGUGUCCGACGUCCUGCCAUGCUGGGACUGUAACGCAUUUCGGAUCGCUCGUCUGCUUCCUUGCGCUCCCGAGUCAUGGCUCCGUUUGGAAAAAACUUCCUGAAAGCUCGACUGAAAAACAGAACGAAAGAUGCAGAACCUGUGGUAGGAAAGGAGAUCCAAGUCACUGUCUGCAACGAAGAGAAGGUCGUAUGUGGAGUAACAAAGCACACAACAUGUGCAGAUAUGAUUCAGGCAUUACUGGAGGAUCACAAGUCAAUCCCAGAAAGCAAGCGGCUUCUUCAUGGGGAACCCAAAGACUUCUGCCUUGUUGAGCGGUGGAAGGGUUUUGAAAGAGCACUGCCUCCUCUCACCAGAAUUCUGAGACUCUGGUACGCCUGGGGAGACCAGAGACCCUUUAUCCAGUUUAUUCUAGUUAAAACCAGUGAUUUUGUGCCUCAGCCUGUUAAGAAGGGUGCGAAGGCCAAGCCAAAGCAUGGCCGCACUCCACAGUACCCCCAGUCUCUACCAGUGGAGAAACAAAAGCGCUUGGUGAAGAAAGCUUUCCGGAAGCUGGAGAAAAUUCACAAGGAGAGCAAGAGCUCCCCAGGCGCUGAAGAGAUCGACCGAAUGGUGCAGCUCAUUCUCAACCAGGACCACACAAUCAGGCAGCAGAUCCAGCGGAUCAGGGAGCUGGAUUUGAAUAUCGAGCAGUUUGAGAUAGAAGUGAAGAGGGAGGCUGAAGCUGAGAGCUCACCGGCUCAGGCGUGUGGUUCAAAUUUGGCGGCACACAGCGAGGAGCAGCUUCAGGAGUACUUAUACACCAGUGAUGGGGUUGAACAGCUGGAGAUGCAGGUUCAGAUGCACCAAAGGCUCAUCCUACAAUUGUCCCAGGAUAUAGAUGCCGAGCUGAGGAGAGUCAGCUUCCCUCCGAGCCAAAAUGAGGAUAGUGAGCAGGAAGGAGCGGCGGCAGCUUCCUGGACCCUCUCUGACGCAGAAGAAGCAUUCUAUACUGCUGAACUCAAGAGGCUACAGGAUGAACUGAGGCACGGCCUCUUCACUGGUGUAUCCCUUCACAACCAAGCAGCAGAAAUAGAGAGGCAGCUGAAGCACUUUGACUGUACACUGAUUUCCAAGGACCAGGAGUGCUGGCAGCUGGCUGCCCAGCUCAACUCACUGCAGAUCAUGGACAGCACGGAGGAGGAGCAGAAACUCGUACCUGUCCCUCUGACAAGUGAGACUCAUUGCAGCGUUUCUCAGACAGUAAAACUCAAACACAGCCUGUCCCCUCUAGACAUCACAGACACAGACUCAGACACUGGGAUUAGCUCCACACACAGUCAGGACUCGCUGUCACCAUGUCUCGACUUCCCUCCCCCACUGGACACAGACGUUUGAAGAACCCUGUUGACCCUGCAAUUUAAUGUUCUAUAGACACCAGUCACAGUGUGCGCCUCUAAGGUGGCAUUUAAUUUUAGUCUUAGAUAAGUCUGAAGGAUAACAGGCUUUGCAAACUAGCUGAGGCUAUAAAUGUUGUGAUAUGUAACACUGGUCCAUGGUGUAUAUAUAUUCACCCCCUCACAUUUAUUGAAACCCAGAAGGUCAUUAGACUAACAAUGAAACAUUGACUUUUGUUUGGUUUUAGCUUCUCACAGGUUUUACAGUUUCUUUGUUUGAUGUUCUACAAAACAAAAAUAUAAAAUGCAUAUAUUAAAUUACUGUGACAUCUCACAAAAAGUUGUUCAUCAUCAAAUUGAUCGAUUAGGUUGGAUUUUCCAAAGAGCGUGGGUUAAAUUAUUAAUCUAUUUAUAGAUUUCUUUUAUGAGAUUGAGUUAAUUUUGGGGAGCAGGCUCAUUUCAUUUUAGUCUGUUGGACAGAGAAGGAAAUUCCUUCCACAUCAUCCCCAAGUUAAGUUACCAUCUGGGUAAGUCUUAUGUAUAAUACACAAGAUGCUGACUGGGGUUUUGACACAAAGACACAAAGACCCUUUCCCAGGCUGUACCUAGUUUAGUUAUGUAAAGAAACUAUGUUUAAAUCCUGUCACAGUCUCACUAGAUCAAACUGAAUGUAUACUUUCUGUCCUUAAAGUUCUCAAUCUUAUAAUGAAGCUGCACUUCUUUGUACAAACGUAAGUCUGUUAACCCUGUUUUAUAUUAAAACAAAUAACUAGAGGGUUUAGACAUAUAUAUAUAUAUAUAGAUUUGUUAAACGUAUUUUUUUAACAUUCAUCUUGACUGUGCUGUAAAUACAUAUGCAGCUGUAAGUACUGUAAAUAAUUCUCAUGACACAGGCAUGGCUUUUAAAUAUAAUUCUAAGGAUAAUUUGAUAACAAAAUAUAUAUAUAUUUAUUUCUCAGACUGUAUUUUACAGAAAUUUUGUGACUUUUUUUUUUAAAAAAUCGCAGCUCAGUUGCCACCUACUGAAUCAAACUCAAAUCUCUGUACCAUCUUUGCUCACUACCUUAGACAGAACGUAAACUGUAUGUUUCACCUUAAGGCUUUCAUAAUAAAGACUAAUACUGUCUUGAGAAACACUGCUGAGUUGAUCUGUAUUUCCUUCUCAUUUUAUCAGUGUUGGUGUUGUAGAAGAUGUUAAUGUUAAAAUUACUGUUAGUGUUGAAAAAAAAAGUGAUGGUUCCAAGUGCCAAAAACAGAGAACUGAAACUUAUAGAUCCCUCAAAGCGCUGCGUCACCAUAGAGAAAUGACAGGGCUACCCCAGAGCCCCCCUCCUGCCACUCCACCAUGUAAUCAGACGAGAUGGUCGCCAGACAAGCACCAACAACAGUGAGCACUCUCCCUGUGGCAAGGUACUGCUGACAGACUAACACUUUGUACUCGGGGCAGAGCAGAGCUGGCGGGUGGAAAAGCAGGGGAUAUCUAUUUCACACACUAAUUGCUUAACCCCCCUCCCACCGCCACUCAGAGCUACUAAAUAACAAAGCAUGAAGGGCCAGCGAGCUUACAAUGUGAACAACCUCGCACUGGUGCCCCACACUUGUUGAUGGAGCAAGCGUAAGACAGGAUUUCAGAAGUGUUCUGUCUCUCCAACCGACAUGAGUUAGAAAACAAUGAACCUUUGAGGAAGUAAUAUACAAAUCAGGCCUGUGGCCUGUGGUGAGAAGGUGACAGGAAUGUUGAAUAACUGAACCUGUCACUCAGCCACAAGCCACGUAGGUGCGGUCUGAUUUUAGGUGUAACAGCAAUAUUAACCUUAAACGAACAUUAAUGGUUCCAGUAGAGCAAGAAAAAUAUUUCACUGAUAAUUUAGAGAAGUGAAUGUCAGUUCUGUUGUAUACGGUUCACAAUACAUUUGAGCACUUUGGUUGUCUUUGGGUGCUUAGGUGUGAUCACUUUUGACCUUUUCCAUAUGCAUGAAGUUGGUUCUUCGUUUCAGGUCGCUGACUUUGUGCAUCAAACACUUAGUCAUGUGCAUUUGUGAGCAAAAAUAUAAAACACAAGCCCUGUUGUGUGCUGUAAUUAAUUUUGCAUUCCCUCUGAUCUAUAAAUAAAGGCUGUUUUAAUGUGG